GGACAGGACCACCAAAGAGAAAGCGAAACUCUCAAACGAAGCGAAGGACAAAGGAAGUGCAGACAGACUCUACACGAAAUUCAGUUCAAAAAGAGACUGACACAAAAUGGACGUUAUUAAAAAACUGAUGAUUGAUGCACUUGAGGAACUUGUGGAUGAAGACUUCAAAAAAUUCAACUGGCAACUGUGGAACGGUCUGGUAACAGACAUGGGCCCUAUUCCUCGAGCAAAGCUUCAGAAAGCUGAUCGGUCAGAUGUUGUGGAUCACAUGGUAGAUAAGUACAGUGAUGAGGCUGGCAAUAUUGCAGUAAAAGCGCUGCGCAACAUCAACCAAAAUCAUCUUGCAAAGACCCUUGAGUCGAAACUUCAGGAAGCUCAUCCGCCUGUGCAGCAGGAGACCAGAAAUGCUCCAGUGUCUGUGGAGGAGCAGCCCAUCCAGUCCGAUUGGAAGAGACCAGACCGUAUUACUCCAUCCAGCCAAGAGUUUAAGAACAGAAUUCUUACAGAAAAGAGAAAUGACAUUUAUAUACCAAAGGACAAGUCUCAGAGGAAUCGUUUAGCACUGCUAAUCACCAACAUACAAUUUAAGCACUUAAGUGACAGGCGUGGAGCAGAGGAAGAUGAGAAGAACAUGAAGUGGCUGCUGGAAGCUUUGGGUUACAGAGUUGAGAAACAUACAAAUUUCUCUGGAGAGCAAAUAGAUGCUGCAGUCAGGAACUUUGCUGCAUCUCCCGGCCAUAGAGACUCGGACAGCACCUUUGUGGUUCUGAUGUCUCAUGGGGACAUAAUCCAAAAUAAAGAUGCCAUUUUAGGUGUCAACUAUCAUCGCCAGCACAAUCCCGAUGAUGUCUUCUUUGUUGACGAAAUCUUCACCCAUCUGAACUCAGUAAAUUGUCCUGCUCUGAUUGAUAAACCAAAGGUUAUUCUGAUCCAAGCCUGCAGAGGAGAACACACAGGAGGUUUGAAAGUACAAUCAGAUGCCGCACAUAGAGCUGUGCACAUUGAGAAAGACUUUGUCAGUUUUAAGUCCUGCCUCCCUGGUAUUCAUGCGUACAGGGAUGUUGUAGAGGGAAGUUAUUUUAUCUGUUACAUACUGGAGGUGUUCUGUAAACGGGCUCAUAUUGAUGACAUUAUGGAGUUGUUCAGGAAGGUCACCUCAUGCAUGGAGAAAGACCCACUAUUCAAACAAUUAGAGGUUGAAAAGGAUAAAAUAGCCAAACUAAUGCCGUGUAUUGACAGGAUGUCCCUUCCGAAGCACUUCUACCUGUUCCCUGGACUCUGAGCAUGUGAGGUUUAAAAUCAGCUUAAGGCAAGACACCACAGGUUGAUAAUAAGAAUGCAAAUGAAGCAUUAUCUAAAUAAAUAUGCACAAAUUUGAAUACAUUUCCACACCAGAAAUCUGAACAUAGUCUGGUUCAAAACUUAUUUUGAGAAAUGAUUUUGAGUUUUUUAUUGUAACUGAAAUCUACAAAAGGAAUAGAUAAAGCGUAAUAAAAAGCAAAAUCUCAAGUUUGACCAGUGAACAACAAAACUGGUGACUGGUAGUUUCUUGCCUUGAAUCAAAUUAAAGAUGGUCCUUUUAUGCAAAAAUGCAUUUCAAAUAUAUACCGGCAGUAUAUUGCAUGCAGUUAUCAUUUAUAUACAUUCAUUUUACUCUCAUUUAAUCACAUUUUCUCAAGUACUUGCUAUUUUCUAUUGUCAUAUUACUAUAUUAACCAUUUAACUGCUAAGGAGUCUUCUCCAUCCAAAAUAGUGUCAAUGUGCACUUCUUCCAUCAGAUAACUUGUUAUAAGAAUGUUUGCUAAUAUUUUUUAUAUAACUUUGAUCAAAUUAAAUUAAUCAAUAAAGCUUUUCUAAUUUGUUACCAUA